GCGAUAGCGAGACCCGCCUGUCCCAAUCAUCAGUCAACAGCAGCACCACCCCGACGGGCAACGGCGCAGCGACGCCAUGGCGGCGGUGAGGCACCGGCAGGUGGAGGCUAACGGGAUCUCGAUGCACGUCGCGGAGGCCGGCCCGGAGGGCUCCUCGGCCCCCGCGGUGCUGUUCGUGCACGGCUUCCCGGAGCUGUGGUACUCGUGGCGCCACCAGAUGGGGUACCUCGCCGCGCGCGGCUACCGCUGCGUCGCGCCCGACCUCCGGGGCUACGGAGGCACCACCGCGCCGCCGGAACCGUCCUCCUACACCGCCUUCCACGUUGUCGGCGACCUCAUCGCGCUCCUCGACGCCCUCCGCCUCCCGAAGGUGUUCGUGGUGGGGCACGACUGGGGAGCCAUCGUGUCGUGGAACCUGUGCGUCCUGCGGCCGGAUCGGGUGCGCGCGCUCGUCAACCUCAGCGUUGCCUUCAUGCCCAGGCGCCCCGGCGUCAAGCCCGUCGAGUACUUCCGCGCCGCAUACGGCGACGACUACUACGUCUGCCGAUUCCAGGAACCUGGAGUUGAAGCAGAAUUCGCUGCUUUUGACUUGAAGAGUUUCUUCAAAUUGGCAUUGACUGUUAAUACCACAGGCUCUUCUUCUAUGAAUCUUCGAAAAAUGCAAGCAUACAAUAAGGAAAUAGCACUCCCUUCUUGGCUCUCUGAGGAAGAUGUCAGUUACCUUGCUAGUGUGUAUGCAAAAACUGGAUUUGCUGGUGGAGUAAAUUACUAUCGCUGCUUAGACCUGAACUGGGAACUGAUGGCACCAUGGACAGGAGCAAAGGUGCAGGUGCCAACUAAGUUCAUUGUUGGGGACGGUGACCUGGCAUACCAUCACCCGGGAGUGAGGAGCUACAUCCACAAGGGCGGGCUCAAGAGGGACGUGCCUAUGCUUGAGGAGGUGGUGGUUAUCAAGGGCGCUGGGCACUUCAUCCAGCAGGAAAGAGCACAGGAAAUCAGCAAGCACAUCUACGACUACAUCAAGAAGUUUGAAACCGGUGCUUCGACGCUAAAAGUUUCGAAACUGUGAGAUUGAUAACUUGUGUACAGAACUCAUUGUCUGGGAACCUUUGUACAUGUACUGCUUCGGGAAUGGACCAUAGGCAUGGCAUGAAGAUGUUACAUUUUGGAGAAAGAGCGUGGGAGGGAAGGUGUUUGAUCAUCUUUAGCAUUGUGUAAUAUUUCAUCUAUCCCUUAAUAAAUCGGAAGACUUUUUGUAACACAACAUUUCUUAAGCACGCAGCAUAGACAUUGCAUGUUGGAGAAA